AUGGCUCCAUCCAAAUGCGCUAAAUCAACCAACUAUCUCGACUACCAAGGCGGUGUCACACCAAUCCUCGACGGUCGUUAUGCUCUGCGGCAGACACCAAUCCCUCCUCCGAUCGAGCUCUAUCAUCGCAUCUUUGCUUACUUCCAGGCUUGCAGUCGCGACGAGUCCCUGCACAUUCCAGUUCACGUCGUUUAA